GUCAUUCUUUAAGGUUGUGUUUGGUUGGGGUUAAAAUAUUUUCUUUGAAGAAUAUUUUCCAAAGGAAAAUUAUUCUUCAAUCAUAUAAUCCAUUGUUUGGUAGGCAAAUAUUUUCCUUCCACUAAUGUCACCAAACACAUGAAAAUGGAAUCAAAAUUUUCGUUGAAAAUAUUUUACGCCCAACCAUACACACCAUAAAUAUCUCUUGUUUAAUUGUAGGGCAAAGUUUGUAUAACCGGUUUUAGAGCUCUCAUCAACAUUUUCAGGUCAGAGUUCUAAUAUGGAAACUAACAUUCUUGAUCUGUGUUCUUGGAAGACUCUUUCGUUGAAGUUCUUCAAAGGAGGAGCAGUUUAUUCGACUUGGCCUAAAAUGACAGAAAUAUUCGGCUACACGACGUGCACACAAUUAUUGCAAAUGUCUGUUGCAAUAAUAUUCUUCCAUGUUUCCGAGUACAUUCUCGCGGUUUCCAUUCACGGGAGAUUGAGUGUGACACCCAAGUCUCUUUUGAUCAGCAAAAACUACAUCUUGGCCAUGAUACUCUGCCUGAUAGAGUACCUUGUUGAAGCACACUUCUUUCCCACUAUGAAGGAACAAUGGUGGAUAAGCAAUUUGGGGUUGGGAAUGGUUUUCACCGGUGAGAUCAUCAGGAAGGCAGCAAUUCUAACGGCGGGUCAAUCCUUCACUCAUCUCAUAAAAGUGAAGCGCGAGGAAAACCAUAAGCUAGUUACACAUGGAGUGUACCGAUAUGUACGCCACCCCAGUUAUUGCGGCUUCUUCAUAUGGUCUGUUGGCACCCAAAUCAUGCUUUGCAAUCCGGUGUCAACGGUUGCAUUUGCUGGUGUUGUUUGGCGAUUCUUCUAUGAAAGGAUACCGUAUGAGGAGUUUUUCUUGAGGCAAUUCUUUGGUGCUCAAUACGAAGACUAUGCCAAAGGAGUUCCUUCCGGAGUCCCAUUUGUGAAGUGAUGAUGCCAUGCUCUUCACCUUUGAUCUUAGGUUAGCCAGGUUUGACAAGGGUUGGAUUUAUAAUCAUGAGACAUGAAAUUAAUGUAACUUUAUUUUUGGGUGUAGUAUUAUUGUUGUAUACACAUGGUUGUUCAAUGUUUUGAUAAAAAUCUAAAAAAGUCUAUAAGAAUUU